AUGAGGGCUGGUUUCUUCGACCACUCAGGAAGCUUCAAGGUAGACUACGCGAAUGCGGCAUCCGCAUUCGAAUACUUUGAUGAAGACAAAUCCGAAAGUGAGCUUGCUGAACUCAUCCCUGCCCGUGAUCCUGAACUGCUCGUGACUCACAUUCUGGUCACAAGACGCUCAGAAGGGCAUAUUCGUGAGGUUAUAUGGAAAGAUGUGCGCCCACUGCUGGACAGCGCAGAUGUCAAUGAAGACAUCCAUCGUUUCUUGGAGGCUUCCUUCAGAAAACUGUGGCUUUGUUAUUCCACUUUCUCGCAGCCAACAAGGGCUCAACUUGAAUGGCUAGCGAACCAAGAGGGCGAUAGCCAGGCUAUACAACCUCAGGAUCCCCAGAAUUUAGAACACUCGUUGUCCUUCACGGUCCACCCACCGGAGCCAAUGCAACACUUGCACUAUCCAAAAGCCUCCUCACAACCGAUGUCCCGGUACCCGAGUCAACAACGACAAAAUCAGCACGCAUCGGGGGCUGAGAACUGUGAGCGGCGAUGGGGGAGGCGAGUAUAUCUAGGACACGCGGGAGUUGGCAGGUCAUUUGAAGGGAACGCCAGUCUUCUUGGUGGACGAUUGGAGAUGAGGCCUAGGGCGCGGUGGCGGCAUGACACAAUUGAUGAUGCGUGUAUCUUGUUCGGUGGAUGCGACGAGGAGAAAUCCCGAUGCACUGCUCUGCAUAGCGUCGACAAUCAGAACCUGGACGAUUAUUGGACUAUUAGAUUCUCAUCUCUGCGCACAUUGCCUCGCAGUAUUCUGAUGCUGGCCAUGAAAAGUACUAGUGUUGCCGUCGAGGUGAAUCGAAUCAAGGUGGAAAAAUCUGAUAAAUCGAUACAGUUCAAACUUCAAACUAACGCUCGCUUCACAAUGGACAAACGCAAACGCAAUUUAUCAAGGAAUUCGACUCCAGACACCGAAGAAACAGCUCCUGAAAGUUCGCACCAACCCCAUGGCAGAGUGGAUCGGUUUUUGGAGAACACACAGGAAUUGCUGCAUCAUGAUGAAACUAACUAUGUUUUGGUUAAGGGCGGUUUUAAGAAGUUAAGAAUCUCGCGCUUGAAGGAUUCUCCCAGCCGCAGCCCUGUUCCCCCGAAUGAAUGUGCAUCAUCGACCUCGGUUCAAAUGGCUCCGUCUGGUUUGGAGAUGGAGGCUGAUACCCAAUCGGCACUUCAGGAUACUCAAGAGGCUGUAAAGCAUAUGCAUUCACGUUUGGGACCUGCGACAACCGUGGUUUCUCCUGUUCAAGACGGACAAGACGAUCUCGAUGAUGUUGACAUGUUCCAGGACACAUAUCUCGAACCCCUCAGGAUAUUCGACGAUGUUAUCGAAGAGAUCGCGGAUGUACAUCCCUAUGCAAAGAUGGCACUGGGUGUACUGUCUUGUGCAGCCAAAAUUAUUCUAGCAAAAGUUGAUCGCGACACGGCGGUGCUCAAACUUCUCGAGAAAUUAGGUGAAGUUUAUAG